GACGAAUCUCCCAUCAACUACCAGGCGCUGGGGGAGGAGAAUGACAGAAAAGUGGGGGGUUUUGUCGGAAGAUUUCGGGACACGGGGGUAGGAGCAGACCGCACAAACAACCGCUAAACUUGUCCAAACAUCUCUCUGGGACUUACGGAAGUGUUACAGGCAUCUCGUCUCCCUGAUUCACCUUGACUGCUGUUUUUUUUUUUUUUUUGGCCACCAUGCGCUUGAGUGUGACAGGUGCACUAUUGCUAUUGAGUUUCUACAUGUGUUUCUCAGCAGUACAUUCAUGCUUGAUAAUCAGCGAGGUGAAUUGCGAUAAUCCCAGCCUUGACACCAGAGAAUUUGUUGAGUUGUUCUCUCUUAGCGGCAGCUCCACCUCUCUGGAUGGCUACACCCUCGUUUUCUAUAAUGGCAAUGGCAAUGUGGCAUACCGUGUCGUGGACCUGAGCGGGCACAGCACGGACGAGCGAGGAUUCUUCCUCAUUGGCUCAGCUGAGCUCAAGCCUUCGCCUGCCAUCCAACUUCCACCAAACUCCGUCCAGAACGGCCCUGAUGCCAUCGCCCUCUACGGCCCGUCCUGGGUUCCUGUAGCUGAGAACGGGAACAUCUCUGCAAUCGGGCUGCUGGAUGCUGUCGUUUACACGUCUCGCCGGGCAACAGGCACCGCCGAUAUGUUGUCACGAGUCCUCACACCAGGUUCUUUCCCGUAUGUUGAGGAUGAUCAGUUUUUAGAGGGAGACGAGUCCAUCCAGAGGUGUUGGCUUUCUGAUAAUUACUACAGCUUCCAAAAUGCCGAGCCCACCCCUGGACGGCCCAAUAUCUGCCCGCCAUCGAACCCCGAACACCUGUGGAUUAACAGGAUCCAGCUGAGUGGAGGGACACUGACUGGACCUGUAGAGAUCAGCAUUGGGACAGAAAGAGGGGCGAUGACGGUGGUGGUGUAUAAUGUGCAGACAGACACAGUGAAGACCAGUGUAGGGUUUCAGGCCAGUGAACCUGGGAAUGUCUCUUUAAAUUUGGACACAACCGCUUUGUCAGAUUUAGAUGGCUGGGCAUUGGCAGUGUACCAGGGGAAGGUCGAAGAUUUCCAAAAAGGCAGCCCACUCAGUCAACUUCAGCCGCUUGAUGCCUUCGUCUGCAGCGGACUUACUAACGCACCAAGCGCCGUUCUCACAGAGACUCUCAUACCAGGCAGGAAAGCCUUCAAGUUCGACAGCAGCUUUUCAGAAGUCGAUGCUUAUGUCACCCGGUGUGGUACGGCUCACUGGGCGAGAGAUCCGGGCGUAUUUCAGCAUCAGAUACAGAGGCCAAGCGAGUCCAGCCACUGCAACUGGUUUAACACCUGCCCUUACAGCACUGCUGUCAACACGACAGAUGAACCUUUUGAGCCGUGGUCAGGUAUCAAUGGAGACUUCCUGAUCAGUGAGGUGAAUACGGACUCACCAGGUUCGGCGGAAGAUGAGGAGUUUGUGGAACUGUGGCAUCCGUCCGGCCGCCGGACUUCACUCAAUGGCAUCUGGGUCCUGCUGAUCAACGGCAACAAUGGGAAAAUUUACCGUGAAAUUGAACUCCACGGAUACUACACGGACAAUCACGGCUACUUCCUGAUUGGCAGUGAAAAGCUCAAACCACAGAUUGCCCUACCAGCAAAUACCAUCCAAAACGGCCCAGAUGCCAUAGCGAUAUACCGCUCCACAUCUCCGCCCUCCACUGAGAAUGUCAUUGUUCCCAGGAAUGGGCUCCUGGAUGGCAUGGUGUACCGAUCCCGUAGCUCAGACAGAGACUGGGCAGAUCUCAUCAAAGCUCUGACACCAGGACAGCUCCCCCUGCUGGAAGACUCCACCUCACUCCAAGGAGACGAGAGUCUCAGCAGAUGUGGGCUAAAACGAUUCAACCUGAACUCCUUCAGGGUCACCUCUCCCACACCAAUGAAAGACAACGAUUGCCCCCGUCCCCCUAAAGAAAUAGUCAUUAACGAGGUGGGUGGAAUCUUACGAGCAAACGUCUACGUGGAACUGAUUGGUCCACCUUUGGCUUCUUUGCACGGAUUGGUCAUAGUGCUGUAUGAGCUCAGCACUGCAAGACACGUCGUUCCGCUAGAAGGAAGUCUAGGAAAUGAUGGAUACUACGUAAUGGGCAACAAGUCUGUAGCUGAUCAGGAUUUGCCUGCCGUGACGUCUCUCGGUGCAGUCUGGUUGUGUUACGGCCUGCCGACCGUGUGUAGCAGUGAAUCGAAAGUUCAGGACCUGGUAGUACUCUCUAAUAAUUCAAGUCUGAGUCCUUUUCUCCACGGAGUUACAUAUCAGGUCGUGCACCCAGUGGCCAGUUUUGACUCUGUCUCUCGCUGUGCAAUGAACCAAUCUGCCUCCUGGACCGCCUCCCAACCAACACCCCGCCACCCAAACCUCUGCCCAAGCUCCGCCCACUCUGUCCACAUGGACCUGUGUCUGCAGGCGGAGUCUGAUUCUCACAUUACAUGUACAGCUGAGGGAUUUGCAGAGUUGUUGGAGCGUUCCUGUCAGUGUGGAAUUUCUGCCGCCCAUCUUACAGGUGUGAAUUUAACCUGCAUAUCAGAGAGCCUGUACGCAGAAGGUCCUGUAUUUACACUGUCCAAUCAACAGAGGGAGCUUGUGGCCCAGACACUGCAGAAAAACCACACACACUCCUGCAGCGUAGUCCGGGAACGGCUGUACACUAAAGAGUCAUCGCUGGGGCUGCAGGUGGGGCUGGUGUUAAUGGUGGUGCUGCUGUGUGCACUGGGAGGAGCCAUCUUCUUCUACCUGUACAAGAAAAAACGGCCUCAAGACUACUAUUCAAUGGAGCUGAAUGAGCAUGACUCACCCGUGGAUCUCUAGCGUUUGUCUGUGUGUGUGUGUGUUUGUGUGUGUGUGUGUGUGUGUGUGUGCGUGUGCGUGCAUCAAUUUUAAAGGAAGUCUAUUUUUAUGAUGUGUCAUAAAACUGAUUUUUAAAUUUUUUUUUUACUGAGAUUACAUAAAGGUAUGCUACUUUUUUUUAGUUUUUACGUAAUAACGCCUUUAAUAUGUUUUGACGCUUUUUAAUAGAAUAUUCUGUUUACUGUUCCUUCAAAUCUAUGAAUUUGAGUUGGUCAGGAUAUUAAAGGUGCAGUCAGUAAUGUGUAAAAAUUCCUAUCAUGUCAUAACUGCCUUUAAAACAAAAUGACAACCUCCAAUGUUGCAUGCAAGUUGUUACAAUAGAUGGCUGGUUUCUUUAUUUCAGGCUUCCGUUUUGCCUUUUCCCGGCUCGGAAACUAGUCAUGUCAUGCAUGUAAUGUUUCGUGGACAUUCCACAACUUUUAAUGUAAGUACAAUCUGAUUAAAAUGUAUGAUGUUGUUCUUUAAUAAAUAAAUCAUAUUCGUUGGGUUAUAAAUUGUUGUGUUACAAGAGGAAGAAAACACUUCAGGAUGUGCUGUUGUUGGAAAAUAAUCAACUUCCAGGGUGGUAACAGUAACUCUGCUUCUAUUAUUCAUUAUUUUCCUAUAACAGAAUACUCCUGAAGUGUUUUUUUACCAUUUUGGAAAACCACUACUGAAGGGUGUUUGCCUUCAAUUUGGAAAAUAUAUGGUCAUAAACGAUCUUUGUUCCCUUCCUGAAUUUGCAGAGUGUUUCCUCAGGGUACUCAGGGGUACUGAAACCUGUGUGUGCAUGAGUGUGUAUGAGUUCUCACUGUAUUUGGGUCCUACAAACGCCUACAUGUACCAUGAUUUUUAUUUUUAAAAUGUCAGAUCAGAGGGUCCUCCGAUUCACUUUCAUAUGCGUUGUAUGUUUUUUUUUUAAAUUUGUUUUAAUUUCCUCUUCCUCAUUAAACAACUCUCAGUCGCUCACAUGUCUCACUCUGCUCUGUAAUACAUACCACUGUUUCGAAUUAUUGUUGGUACAAAUGGCAUCUUUACACUAUGGAAAGGGAAUUUCUGAAAACACAAUCAUUUAUUAAAUUUAUUUAUUUAGUUGCUGUUUGAUUAGAUUUUGUCAAUUAAUUACGGGAGGAGAGUUGCUUGAAGGGAAAGCU